AUGGAUAGAGGUGGUCUCUAUGUGAAUGAGUUACCUCGAGCAGGUGAAGGUCUUGCACCACCUCCACCUCAUGCACCAGCUCCGCUACUUCCGCCACCUCCACCUCCGAUACCAGACGAAUGCACUAGCCAUCAGUACGAAAAUAUUAUACCCCAAAUUUAUAUUACCGACGCUCCCCCAAUUUCAAGCAAGGAAGAAGGUAGAGUCAGGGAGGAAGUUCUAAAUCAUGUAGCGGCUGGAAGCUUUGAAGGAGCCGGAAGCAGGGAAGAAGGUCGAGUCAAGGAGGAAAUUCUGCAUCAGGGAGCUAUUGGAAGUUCCGAAGGAGCUGGAAGCAGAGAAGGGAUUGGAAACAAGGAAAAAACUGGAAGCACGGAAGGAAUUCCAAGCAAGGAGGGAAUCCCAAGCAAAGAAAUAACUAGUUUCGAAGGACAUGGAGCUGAACAUCUACAGAAGAAAAUCCAAGCAGCUAAUGAGUCUGCGGAAAUAUUCCGCGUUGUUCUACGCAUAACGAUCGCUUUGCUGAUUUUUACAAUGGUGUUCACUCUUCUGAUGUUCUUGCACUAUAAACGAGCAAUCAGUAUAUGGCCAAGUCUCCAUCCCUAUCAUAGAGCUGUACUUACUACUACAGCAGCGUCUGCUGAAGAAAAGGCCACACCUUUGAAGCCAGCCGUAGGUAAACCAGGUGGAUCUAGAGGUGGAGGAAAAGAAGAUAAAGAUGGAAAUGAUUACAAUGGAGGAGAAGACCGCAACGGAGAUGAAGAAAAAGACAACGGAGGGGGUGAAGAAGAUGACUACUAG